AUGACAUCGCACGGCAGCUCUGUAAGUGUACCCACCCCGACCGGUUCCCAGGCCGGGCCAGAAGCCGCCUCAGCAGCCAAGAAGCGACGCAUCAACUUCGCCUGCAACUACUGCCGCAACCGCAAGACGCGCUGCGACGAGCAGAAGCCCUCGUGUAGGGCCUGCAUCGUCGCCGGCAUCGAAUGUAUUACCACCGACCGCCGGAGACCCGGCAUCCAGGUCCAGCGCCGCGAGACCAAGCGCCGCAUGUCGCGGACCUCAACGUCGUCUCUGACUCAAUCGUUGGCAGCGGAUAAUGCUUCUCCCCGCUCCCCGCGAGGCACCGAGGCCGUCGAGCCGGCCGCUGCCCCAGCUGCGAGAUCGUCGCCGUGGGAGAUCCGCCGCGACGACGGCGACAGAGGGCCCGCGGCGCCCGCAAGGGAACCGGUACGCGUCGUCCAUGAACCCGAAGCGAAGCCGUCGCAGUCGCCACCGGCCAAGUACCAAGGCAAGUUACCCGUGGUACGAGCAAGCCGCGGUAGCAACUCGGUCGAGAUUCUGGGUGAUUGGUUGGAUCUCGCAGCCCGUCGGCUUGGCAUCCUACAGAGAUGCGGCCUGCCAUCGAGCGCGGCCAAGCCUCCGCCCAACCAAAUCCGAGUCCUUCUUUCCUCCGAUCCCCUCCCGUUCCCAUGCAAAGAUGCUGCCCAUCAACUCGCUUCGAGUUACCUCGACGGCGUGAACAUAGUCUACCCUCUCGUGAACCGAGAUCGAUUCCGUCAAGACCUCGACGCGGCGCUGGGGAACGGCCCGACAAGCUUCGCCGAAGCCCGGGGCGUGGCGGCCCUGUCGACGGUCUACCUGGUCUUGGCCGUCGGGUUCGCUUCCGAGGCCCUGUCGGAGCUGCCGCCGGAUGCGAGGGACUAUCUAUCGUACUGCAAGACUCUCCUCGGCCAUCUCGUCGUCAGCAACAACGUCGACAAUGCGAGGGCGAUAGUGCUGCUGGCGCUGUGCCUCCACGGCUACGACGACUGCGCCGCCGCCUGGAACACGCUCGGCGUCGGGGUGUCCAUGGCGGUGUCGCUGGGGCUGCACAAACCCCGGACCUGUCGGGGCUCCGGCCGCGACCGGCCAGACAGGACAGACGACUUCGUCGACGAAGAAGAGAGGAGGAGGUUCUGGCUCGCCAUCUACGCGUUUGAAAAGCUUUUGGCCUUUGAGAUGGGCCGCCUCUCCACCAUCGACGACGACGAGGACUGCUACGCCCCUCGCGUCGCCAUGCCCACGGGCAACAACGGCACGGCGUCGAAAGAGAAGGCUUUCUCCGUGACGGUAGACCUUGCCAGGAUCCUCAGCGAGAUUGGCCGCAAAGCCGUCAUCAUAAGCCGGAAGGAAGACGGACUUGGCGACGGUCUCGUGCAGUCCGUCAUUGCCGAGAAGGUACAGACGCUUGGGGAGACGCAAUUGUUGCUGACGAGAUGGGGCGAGUCGGUACCCGAGGAACUGAGACCGAUAUCAGACAUGUUGAUUGGUUCGAAAGUAUGUCCCUUUGCAUCUUUCGUAUCCAUGCACUACAACAACGCGCUCAUCAUACUCUCCCGCAACAGCCUCCUCAUCAGCGAAGAAGUCAUCACCAUCAGCGCCGACAUCUUGGCCAAAGGGAAGCCGUGGGACUACAUACUGCGAAACGGCCAGUCCAUAGCGGCGAACUCGGCCCGCAAAGUCCUGAGGAUCUUCGUCGAAGCCGUGGACUGCAGGUCCAACACGAUAUUGCCAAACCUACUGGCCCCGCUGCACGCGCUUUCGGCGCUGGCCAUGCAUGUCGUUACGCACCCAGGCUCCCGCAUCUCAACGAUGGAUCUUCAAUCAGAGCUCACCGCAGAGUUCCCGCAGUUGAUCCAGACUUGCUCCGACUCUCUGAGAGAGAUGUACGCCAGAAUCCGGGGUGACGAUAUGCUCAACCUCUUGCUCCAGAAGCUCGACAUGCUCCUCCAAAAAGGGACACAGCCGCCGCCCGGAUCCGACAGCCAACGCGUGAACGCGAUAACCGCGCACACCCCGAGGUCGGAACCCGGCUCGUGGCAUCCUGCGGGGGAGACGCCAGCCCAGCGGGCGGCGGAAGCGCCCUGGGCCGGCAGCGGAGAGAACCGGCCUCGAGAAGACGGUUCCCACAUGGCCCAACCCACGAUGCCCUUCUUCGGCCAGGGGCAUGUCGCCGCCGGAAGAAACGACGCGGGCUUCGACUCGUUCGGAGCGAUGCCGAUGGUCGGGGAUGAGUGGUCUCCGAGCCUUUCGGACGGAAUCGGCUGGGACUGGGCAUCCUUUUCCCAACUAUUGACGGAGCAGUAUCACAUGCGGGUUCCCCCAUAG